AUGUCCACCGCUUCUCUCGAGCAAGAGAUCGUACAAGCCGCGAGUUCGACUAGAGAAGUUAGCUUGAUAUGCGGGUACGAUUACUUGCUCAACCUUGAGGAUGAGGUCAGAUUCAUUUGGAUGCGUUACCUUGGCCUACUAUUUGUGAUGUGCUUUGGCUUGGUGUUUGCCACACAAGUAUUAAUCCUCGUCAUCAUCUUCCUACUCCAAGGUUGUCAGUUUUUUGAUGGGGUUAUGACACAGGCUUUCUCAUUAUCUAUUCUUGCACCACAACCUUUAUACCAAAUCACAUCUGGAGAAGUGCAUUAUCCAACUCUUUUGUCCUGGCAUUUGACAUUUUUCUUUGUGGCAAGUUCCCGUUUCGACGUGGCGAACUCCGUCACAAGGAGCAAUCAACCUUACAUGGGUAAUUGUACGCGACAAUCUAGUAUACUUCUUCGUGCGUUGGUGGGCAAUGUAUUCAGCACUCUCGCAGCCAUGGUGUCUGCCAGCAUCACCGAAGCCCCUUCACUUGAAGAAUCAUUCAUCGUUGCGGUGCUAUAUUACAUUGCGCAGACCGUUUUAUUGACAAUGGAGUGUUGCCACCUGCUACCAAGUGUGUGUUCGGCGCCAAAAAUGCACCCGCCACUGCCUGUGAGGCGGGCGAGAGAGGGCAGAGCCCUUGUUGAAAGGGGAAUGCGCAGAAUGUCGAGUGAAGCGUGGUCGACGAUGCCGGUGCAGGUCGAGUCUACCGCAUUGAGGGGUGACUUCAUUGCAUUCCACCGAGAGUGCAAUCGGAACGGAAACGGAUCAUUCGAAGACUUGGGGAUCGCGAUGUUCGGGAGGCGUUGA